AUGGCUUCCAAACUCAACCCCAACGUUCUAUACGUGGCGGAACCCGGCGAGUCGACCCGGGCGGACCCCGAGAGGACCCCUCUCGCCGGCGACGCGGGAGACGAGUCCUCCGACAGCGACGGGGAGCAAGAGACGUCGCACAAGCUGAUCCGCAAAGUGUCCACCUCGGGUCAGAUGCGGGCCAAGAAGAGUGUGAAAGAGGGAAUCCUGUUGAAGCAGACAAGCUCCUUCCAAAGAUGGAAGCGCCGCUACUUCAAGCUCCGAGGCAGGACACUGUACUACGCCAAGGACUGCAAGUCUCUGAUUUUUGACGAGGUGGACCUGUCAGAUGCUAGCGUGGCCGAAACGGGCCCAAAGAACAUCAACAACAGCUUCACGGUGAUCACUCCUUUUCGCAAAUUGAUGCUGUGUGCUGAGAACAGGAAAGAAAUGGAAGACUGGAUCGGGGCUCUCAGAUCAGUCCAGAAAUGGGAAAUCUACGAGGCCAGCCAGUUCAACAUGGAGCAUUUUUCGGGCAUGCACAACUGGUACGCGUGCUCCCAUGCCCGACCCACUUUCUGCAACGUCUGCAGAGAGGCUCUGCCGGGCGUCACCUCCCAUGGACUUUCUUGCGAAGUAUGCAAAUUUAAGGCUCACAAGCGCUGCGCGGUUCGUUCCACCAACAACUGCAAGUGGACCACGCUGGCCUCCAUCGGGAACGACAUCAUCGAAGAUGAGGACGGGGUGUCCAUGCCCCACCAGUGGCUGGAAGGCAACCUGCCCGUCAGCGCAAAGUGCGUGAUGUGCGACAAGAACUGCGGCAGUGUGCGAAGGCUGCAAGACUGGCGCUGCCUGUGGUGCAAGGCUAUCGUCCACAACAGCUGUAGAGAACAAAUGGGCAAAGUUUGCCCUCUGGGUCAGUGUCGGGUGUCCAUUAUCCCUCCUACUGCACUUAACAGCAUCGACUCUGACGGCUUCUGGAAGGCUACAUCGGCAUCCUGUUCCAGCCCUCUUCUGGUCCUGGUCAACUCCAAAAGCGGGGACAACCAGGGGGUUAAGUUCCUCCGCAAGUUCAAGCAGCUCCUCAACCCAGCCCAAGUCUUUGACCUGAUGAACGGAGGGCCGGAGCUCGGCCUGCGCCUCUUUCAGAAGUUUGUGACAUUUCGCAUCCUAGUGUGCGGGGGUGACGGCAGCGUGGGCUGGGUGCUUUCAAUGCUGGAUAAACUCAAUCUUCACAAACAGUGCCAGCUUGGUGUGCUACCGCUGGGUACCGGGAACGACCUAGCCCGCGUUCUGGGCUGGGGGGGCCUCUGCGAUGAUGACGCCCAGCUGCUGCAGAUCUUAGAGAAGCUGGAGAGGGCCACCACCAAAAUGCUGGACCGCUGGAGCGUGAUGACCUACGAGGUUCCCGCCACUUCUAAACAUGCCCCGUCAGGCAAGGAAGACGACAUCCUUGAAUGCCCCCUGCAGGUUCACAUCACUCAGUAUGCCGACUCGGUGGCGUCCCACCUGGCUAAAAUCCUGGAUUCAGACAAACACAGCGAUGUCAUUUCCUCUGCCAGGUUCCUGUGUGGGACGGUGAACGAGUUUGUGGCCGAGGUGGGCAAAGCGUAUGAGAGAGCCACGGAGAACAAGGAGGAAGCGGACGCCAUGGCAAAGAAGUGUGCUUUGCUAAAUGAGAAGCUGGAUUCCCUUGUCAAAGCCUUAAGUGAGGAAGCUGAAGCUCAGGUUGUUCCGGCGGGUUCCCCGGCUGGCGGAGGAGACUGUGGCUCCGGCCCUGAUAAAGACGGCGACGACGGGUGCUCCGAUGGCCAAACGUACCGCUCCAGGGAGCAGCUAAUGCUGCGUGCAAACAGUCUGAAAAAGGCGCUAAGGCAAAUCAUCGAACAGGCCGAGAAAGUGGUGGACGAGCAGAACCGACACACUCAAGUCCACAGGAUGUGGUCAGCAUCUUCCGUCAAACAGGAAAACAGUGAGGAGCUCAAGGAUGCCGAGAUGCGCACAUGCUAUAAAAAUUUAAGUCCAUCAUCACCCAUCGUGCUGGAAAAAUCGGCAAACCUCCACACGGUCAACUACAAUGAGGACUCUGUACAAUGCUGGGAGAAGUGCGUGAUGAACAACUACUUUGGCAUCGGCCUGGACGCCAAGAUCUCGCUGGAGUUCAACAACAAGCGCGAUGAACAUCCGAAAAAGUGCAGCAGUCGCACAAAAAACAUGAUGUGGUACGGAGUCCUAGGGACUAAAGAGCUGGUCCAGAAGACCUACAAGAACCUGGAGCAGAGAGUUCAGCUGGAGUGCGACGGCGUCGCUGUUCCUCUGCCCAUUCUCCAGGGCCUAGCGGUGCUCAACAUACCUAGCUAUGCCGGGGGGAUCAACUUCUGGGGAGGCACCAAGGAGGACAAUAAUUUUGGCGCACCGUCUUUUGACGACAAAAAGCUGGAAGUAGUAGCGGUGUUUGGCAGUAUGCAAAUGGCCAUGUCCAGAGUCAUCAACUUGCAGCACCACCGGAUUGCGCAGUGUCGCCAGGUAAAGAUCACCAUCUUGGGGGAUGAGGGUGUCCCCGUACAAGUGGACGGCGAGGCCUGGAUCCAGCCACCGGGAAUCGUCAAGAUACUCCACAAGAAUCGAGCUCAGAUGCUGACCAGGGACAGGGCGUUUGAGAGCACAUUAAAGUCAUGGGAGGACAAGUUGAAGAUCGACAGCGAUCGGGCCAACAGGCCCCGCCUCAACUCGCAGCAGUCCAUGGAGUACCUGACGGAGGAAGAGUGCGCUCAGGUGCAGCAGCUGGGCUUGGUGGCUGAAACGCUCAUCAGCAAGAUACGUGAGGCUGCUAAGAUCCACAAGCUGGUGGAGCAAGAGCUGGCGCACGCUGUCAACGCCAGUGCCGUUGUGCUGACUGAGGCCAAGCUGUCCAGCCCCGAGUUUCUGAGUCGCAGCACAGCCGUGGAAAUCGUCAACAGCAGCAAAGUUCUGCAGGCGGAGACGACAAUGCUUCUGGAUGGCAAACAUCUAUCCGAUUCACCUGAGGAAGAGGAGCUCCGCCUAACAUUGAGCAGCCUGAGUGGCGAGCUCCACAAGUUGGACGACAUCCACUGGAUCUGUCCGCUGAUGCACUGUGCCGAGGAGGAGUCUGUGCGUCCCUGUAGUAAAAGCAGCAUGAAGUUGAAGAUCAUGCCCAAGGUGAAGAGGGAGAAGGAGAAGCUACACAAGCAGAAGUCCAACAGCUCGCUCUCAGGAACAUUGGACGUCAAAACCGCGACUCCUGACGCAGAACCGUCAGCCAACUGA